AUGAACGGCCAUUGGGGGGCUGGCGCUUCUGCCGCCUCCCCGCUGCCGAAUCUCCCACCGCAGGCGCGGCAGGUGUGCGACGAAGCCCGUGCUGCGGCGGCUUGGCUUUGGGUCCAAUCGGAGAUCGCUGGCGCCUUCGAGCGGUUUUCGAAAGACCUCCUAGCCAUUCACGGUCGGGGUCUCAAUGCGGUGGCUAUCCUUGACACUUGCCGUCAGAGGAAUGCUACAGGAAAACCGGACAAUGAGGGAUCGGAGAACGUAUCAGAUGGAGGAGGGGCACGAGACGCCUUGAACAGUUUGUUGCUUCUUUGCUCGGAAGCUGGGGCAGAGGCCGACCGUUUCUCAUCAGCUCUGAAAGCAGGCGUGGUGAAGCCUCUAGAAGAUGCCUUACACGUGCUUGCCGCUGCUGCUGACUCUUCGGAAUCUCCCGAUGCAACAAACACCCAAAUCCCGUCAGAGUUUGCGGGUAGCGGUGAUGUGCAGAAAGCAGCUCGGCGGCUGCAACUCGCUGAGGAGGAGCUGACGAAGGCAGAAGCAAGCUUGCAGGAGCUCCGCGCCUUGUUUGGCGAAGCUGUGAACUCAUCGCUUGAGCAAAAGGCAACUCAACGCAUUUGUCGUGCCUCUCGCCUAAAAGUUGCUGCCCAAGAAGCGCUUCAGCAGGCGCUUGCAGCAGAAGCAGCAAAGCGACGCCAGUGCCCUACAUCAUCAGCACCACGACCUUUUGACUCUGUGGAACUCAGAGGUAGCGCGCGCCUGCUGAAGGCGGGAAACGACUGCGCGUGGGCUCAGGCAGGAGGCGUGAGCACUGAAGAGCACCACCGCCGUGUUUCUUUGGCUGUUCUCCAGUCAAUGAGGGCUGCUAGCAAGGCAGCGCUGACAUCCCAGCAGAGGAGCACUGGUUAUGUUCUGCACUACGUGAGGGAUCUGCAGCUCUUCGCCGCAGCAGAAGCCGCUGCAGCGAGUGCAUCUGGCAGCUUUACUGGAGAUGGUGAACAAGACAUGAUUGCCCCAGGGGCAGCAGAAGAGCUGAUUUCGCAGCUCUACAAACAAACAAACGGGGGGCCGGAUACCUCUCAGCAACGAACAACUGAAGCGACACUAAGGAAUCUGUUGCUGCACCAGGAGAAGCAGUUACAGGAGACACUGAACGAGCGAGAUGAACUUCGCCUCAAGAGCGAAGGGCUGCAGAAGGAGAUUCGAAGCAAGCAGAAAGAGCUUGAGGAGCUGAAGAAACAACGCGAAGAGGACGCGUUGGCCGUAUCGCUGUCGCCAAAGGAGCGAAGACCGAAGGUGCGGAAGCAAGUGACAAUAAAUCUCGGCGAUUCCGAUGAGGAGAACACUUGGCGGGAGACACAAAGUUUGUACCAGGGGGGGGUGCGAGGGGAGCUGCACGGGAGGGCUGAAAGGGCCUUGCAGCUCUCCGCAGUCAAAGCAGGCAGUGCCGAGGGGCCCCUUAGGGAGUCCCCUGAUAACAGCCCUCCCGCUGCAGGACAGUCAAACAUAAAAGAACCUAUCGAAAUGAUUUGGGUGGAUGUACAACUUAAGUAUGAGGCGUUCCUGAUGUCACUCCGUUCCCUUCCUCUCGCAAACAUGUCUUUAGAUUCGACUAAACCAGCCGACGAGCAGCGAAAAGAACAACGGUGGAGCUCACACCGCGGUGAAGCUUCUGGACUAUCUUCAUCGUUGGCGUCUCGACCUAUUGGGGCUAGCAAUGAGGCGACCGCGCAUGACGUACACUGGAGAGACCCAGCCUUUGCUGCAUGUCUCGCUGAGGCGAUCGCGUCGGCUGCUGAUGCUGCCCUACCAUCAUUCCUCGUCCGCUGCUGUCGCCGUGCAGCAGCUGCUGCGUCUCUUGCAAGCCCAGCAAAUUCCACAGCUCCCCGCAUUCACCGCACCGGCCGAAUGUCAGUGCAGCAGGUGCAGGAUCAAAUUUUGUCUAGCCGGCGGCAGCAGCAGCAACAGCAAGAGACUACCGGCGGCAUAUCAUCUGGUCCUUUGGAGUGGAAGGAGUCCGACCUUCAAAUGCUGGCCUACGAGGUGCUUUUGCUUACUUCUUACCAUUACUCGCAGUAUUCAGCAGCUGCAGCCCUUCUCGUGGAUGAGGAGGCGCACUUGCUGUCGUCAGGUUCUACUCAAGGCGCAUCCCUCGAGGUGCAGAGCCUCUCCGGAGCCACGCCAGCAGCCACAGGGUCCCGACAAAUGCGGCGACCUCGCAAAUCUUUAGCCCGUGCAAUGUCCCUCAGGCUAGGGGCAGCCAUCGGCAGCGAAACGGAAGACCAGCAACAGGACCAGCAAACCUGUGAGGGUCAUGCGGAGUUGAAUGCAGUGGGGGACGCUCUGAUGCAGCAGCAGCAGCAUCAAGGUCCUAACGCUCCGCCUGUUUUGCUGCGGAGACCUCGGAAGUCCUUAGCACGCGCCAUGUCUCUUAAGCUUGGAGGCGUUAAUACAGCAAACCUGGAGACGCAACAGCAACAGCAGCAGCAGCAGCAGCAGUUACAGCAAGGGGAUGGAACUGCUGGUUGCUGUGUCACUGAUGCCUCAGGCUUCCUUGACUCAAAUGUUGCGGCCAGUGCAGAUCUGCUGGGCCCAUGCCAUCCGUUUUCCUUGCCGCUUGAAGAGUGGCAACGACGUAUCGAGGCUGGGAAUUUCCCUAAGGGUCCCUUCUCUCACCGCAGUGUAAUUCCCACUCGGCAACGUCUGCAGACUGCAAUUCACUGGAUGUCGCCCAGCCCUCUCUUGCAGCAGUCAAAUGAGAACGUGUUGGUGCAGCUUCUGCAGCUCGCUCGCGUCUCCUUCGAUCUGCCAAGCUCCAGCAGCAACAAGUUACUGAGUUUGCUCACACCAAUAUCGAACAGCGGCUUUGGUCCAGGAUGCGGCACCUGUAUCCAUCCUUGCGACCUGCGAUAUCGAGUCUUCCGACUGAUGGAAUCAUGGCGUGUGGCCCUGUGGCCUGCAGCCUCUACGUCAAAGGCGCUACCCCGCAAGCAGCAACAACAGCAGCAGCAGCGGCAGCACCAGCGCGGAAGGUUCUUUCACGGGGCCGCUGCCGCUGCGAUUGGCAAAUUGGAUGCUAGUCACGGCGUGAGAGGGGCUCUUCGUAGACGAGCGGGAGACUUGAUGUCAGCUGGAGACAAGGAAAUGGUAGAAGGCCGACGAAGCUCCGCCAAGGCCUCUGGAGACCGCAGAGGGUCGAGUCCCGGAGGUGGCCAUGGCACUCAACAACGGAAGCAGCAGCUCGCAGGUGACCUUGGACCACCUGUCCUCUUGCAGCUUCCUCAAGAGAGGAGACGAUCCAAACGAGGCUCUGCUUCAUCUGUUGCUGCAGCAACAACAGUGGCAAGCGCAACAGCAGUCGUGCAUUAUCCACCAGCACCUGAGAUGGAGUCACAGAAUCAUCAGGACCCCGUCUUUCGGUCUUUUGUUGAGCGUCAGCUCCAACUUCUUUACGCCGCCGCCCUAACCCGUUGUAUCCGUCUUUUAAAGUUCUUGUUGCCUCAGGGAGGAGGGCGAGCGCCAGCAGCAGCAGCCGCUGCUGCGGGAUUAGAGGGCGAAGAGGGGCUUUCUGGCUGUGAUGUAGUGUACCCGUCACUCGGGUCUCCAUGGCGUCCCGUGCAAGUCCAGCAGUUGUACGCCCGAGAAAAGAGUCGAAGCGAUGAAGAGGCCUUUUUGUAUUUCCUGCGCUCUUUGUUGCUCUGCCAAGGGGAGACCUCAGACCCUCAGACUUCUCCUCAUGCCCCCGCCUUCCUCCUUUACUCUAAAGAGGAAACUGCUGCUGCGAUUGCCGCAGCAGCGCAGCUGCAGUUGCUGCCCCUACGCCUGCUGUGCUGCUUCUACCACAUAUUUGCAUACAUAUUUGCUCUGCAGCAACUGCACCGGCGGCAGCUUUGGGGCGAUGAAGAAGCCUCUGUUGGAAUAGAGGAGGUCUCUAUACUCGUCACUGACUACUCUGCGGCCUCCGCAGGAACGGGAGAAGCUGAGUCCCCCCUCACUUGGGAGGUGCGGACGGAGCAUCGAGACAGGGGAGGGCUACAGAUCCUGCAGCUGCUGGAGCACAGCAUGUCUCAGGCAGCGUCUCUAGAUUCAGCUCUGCGGUGUACACUCGCAGCUAGAAGCAACAACAACCCCACUCUGAAGCGGCUCUCUACCGUAGAUUUCACCGUUUCAAACGGGGGCAUACAAGCAUCUCCUCAGCAGCCGAGGCGGCAGCAGAGUCUGAAACCUGUUAGGAAUCUUUUGGAGGUGCCUGAUCCCCGUAGUGAUUGCGGGGAAACGACAGAAGAUUCAGACGCCAGCGGCGUCUGGGGGUCGGACGUAGAGACGGCGGGGAAGGGGAGAGGGGCUUCGACUCAGCAGGGAGAGCCAGCGGGUCCCUUGCAGGGAGCUCUGCGGUCUGCUUUCCGGAGACCCACGCUGAAGGCGUUGCGACGGAGGACGCUGCGCACUUUAGAGGGUGGUGCAGCUGCUACGGGUGCUGCAACUGCGGCUACCCGCAUGCUUGACGGGGCCGAGCAGCGACAGCUCUUGUGCCUUCCGAGAGAAGUUCAGCUUUGCGCAUACUGGUGCAUGGACGUUCCUUUGCUGCUUUCUUUACUGCUGCUGUUGUCUCGCUGCUGCGCAGACAGCACCAGCACUAACGGCCUGCAGCUAGACGCUCCCGCGCUGGUGCAGGGGCUGCUGCUGGUGGCUCACGCGGCUCAAGUUGGGACUGACCCCACUUGCCCAUCUGCAGAUGAGCAUGCCAGUACCAGUAACCCUGCAGUGCUGCUUCUGAAGGCAACAAGGGCAGGCAGCGGUUUCCCAGGAAUAUCUCUUGACUCCGUAUCUCUUCUCGUUGCGGCCUGCGUAUGGGCGACCAGCAGCAACUCCUCUCUGAGCUCCCAUGAGGUGCAACAACAGCAGCAGCAGCAGCAUUUGACGCCGCUACCAGAUGGUUCGGCUGAGUUGACAGAUUUGACGGUCCAAAAGCACGAAGUAGCUCAAUCCUCGGCUCAUACAUCUCCCAACCGACCUGACUGUAGUCUCACUGCAGAGCAGCAGCAGCAGCAGCGACUGAUACAGCAGUUGAUGUCUGUCACCCAGAGCAUCGUGCAGCCUGCUCGUGUUGAGGUUGUAUCUACAGCCCUAGAGCUAUUGAGCGACUUCGGAACUUUCCUUAAGAAGCCAUCGGCGGGCAUUGAUGAGAUAGCAGAUGAAGUGGGAUGGGUUUUUGGAAACGUCCAGGAAACAGACGAUCGGGAACUAGAAACGUCUGCAGCUAUCGAUGCACCUGUCGCUGCUGCGGCUGUGCAUGCAGAAGGUUUCCCAGGUGAUUCCGUUUCAGCUUCUGGGGGCAACAGCAUAGCGCCAAUGUCGCCCCGGUCUGGGGCUCGGGUAGCUGGCAGCGCAACGGGGUACACGGUUGUGUUGCGGAAGCCGGACAAGGGCACAGAUGGCAAACCGUCUGCAGCAGCAGGGAUCGAAUCCGUCUCGAGUGGAUUGGAUCUAAUGGAGUUGUCUCGUGUGCGGGGGGAGCGGCUUUUGCUAUCUCUGCGCUCUUCACUUUUAGAGAGGGAUGAAGAAGGCACCGAGAAAGAAGGGGCCCUGUCUGCUCAGCCUAUACCUACUUUUUCGGGUUUCUUAACGAACCGCCUGUGGCUUGGCGCGGACUGGUGGGUCGCCAGGAACAGCAGCAAUAGGGGAAGAGGAGAGCAACACCGCGCUCUGCGCAAAAGUCAAUGGGCCUCAUGUUGUUACGGUCUCUCGGCCUUGCUGCCGUCUCGUGUGGAGCUUCAGCAGCAGGAAAUCGCCGCCCUUCAGUUGCUGGGAUCAGAUUUCUUGCUUCAGCUGCAGCAGCAGCUGCAGGACUACAGGAGACACUUCGAGCCACAGGGCCUGCAUCUUGCCCUGGCAUUGUGGCGUAGCGUGGUGCAGCGGCUUUUAGUGUUGCCACAGGCGCAGCAGCAGCAGCAUCGAGAGAUUACUGUUGGAGGGAGAGGCCAGACGGCAGGAGGGAGGUCCUGUGGUAUCUGCAGCGAGGUGCCUGAGGAGUGGGUUCGGCGGACACGGGAUGUCUUGCAGCGCGCAGUUGACAAUGGAGCUGGCCUGCACGAGGCUAGCACUCAAGCACAGGAUCGGGAAGCGGCUCCUGAUAGAGAGGUGAAUGAAGUCGCAGCCGAUAAUUCAUGGGUGUGGAUGCUGCACCGGCUGGUGCAGGGGCCCACGGCACUGCAUGACAUGUUGCGCUGUUUCGUCUACCGGUCGCUUUCCGCGGCCGCGGGUCGACUUUUGGGCCGGCACAUGUUGCGUUUAGUCCAGAUUGCUAACGAAGAGAAGGGAGCGUUUCGCGACGCAGCUACCAGAGACAUGAACGCUGCGGAGGAGCAGGAGGCAGGAGCGGGGGAGCGUGCUACUUCAGGUGCAGAAGAGGAAGCGGAGGAGGAUGAAGUCCUCAGUGCCUUGGCAAAAGGCAUCGACCGUUUCCUCAGCCAUAUACACUCCGAACUUCUUCUCUAUUCUUUCAUCUUCUCCCCCCUGCUGCCUCUUCGUGGGGAGCAUGCACUGCUUGUCCUCGCGGCAGCUAAAUCGGUGCUGCUCAGUGUCAUCUCUCUUGUUUCUCGCUGUGCCGAAAGAGCUGCUCAAAACCCAGAAAGGAGGGGACUUCCAGCCAAGGGAGGCCGCGACGUACUGGCUGCCCUCUCUGCUUUCGAACGUCUUGCAGACGAGCUGUGCUAUGGAGGAGUUCUCUGCGUCACCUUUCCCUCAGACAAGGAGGCUUCGCAGAGGGGUCUCGUUUCAGCUUUGGCCCCACGUUUUUUUGCCUCAUUUUCCCUCCAUCUUAGCGAUCUGACAGAUAUCCUGUCUCAGGCAUUCCUCAGAGACGUCUUUUUGCCUGCCAACCCUCCCCAUUCUGUCUACAGCGAAAAUGCCAUAGACGGGUGGUGCUGCAUCUACGGAGUGGUGGAAGCCGCACUCGACUCCUUUUUACCACUUCGUUGGCUUAUCCCUCGUCUGCUGCAGUUCCUCUCUGAGCUGUUCGCCUCCCUUUGCCGCAGUCUCACUGACCCAUGCAUCUCGCAAAACGAGGGGCCAGGGGCGUGGGGCGGCCGUCCCAUGCUCCCUCUUCUGGCCCUGAGACAACUGCAGCAGUCCUGCUUUAUGAGUUUAGUUGACAUCCGUGGACGCAAAGCGGCGUUCGCUGAAUGUCCUCUCGUUGUUCACUUUUUAGCGCUACAGCGGACAUCCGAGGAACGCAGCAGGAAGCACCGCAGGAAGUCUAAAGGUUGGAAAGGUCGAAUGACGCAACUCGUUGGUGGUUGGGAGGACGGCAACCCUCAACAGGGUUUGUCCCGUGCUGGUUCUGCGUAUCUUUCAGGCGUGGAAGAUGACAACAGCGGUGACAGCACGGACCACCAAGGGACUUCUGCCCACCAGCCGCCUAAGGGCACCACUGGACGCCCCACAGAAGACGAUAAGGGCCGUAGUCGAUCUGUUUUCCGUCUUCUUUUUGGACAGAACGAUAGCAGGGAAUCUUCGAUCACGCGAGGAGGGCAAGCGCGGAGCGAUGCAGAUGCAGCGGGGGGCGCUUUCGCGGGUCUCCGUCCUUUUAUACAGGGUUUAGAUAGGCUUUGCCCAACUGUGACUCAGCUUUUAGCUGCAGUUGACACCUUGACAGACUGGGAAGCAGCGCGACAGAAAGCUGCGCUCACAGCAGGCCAGAGGCCAACCAGCGGUCUGCAACGCUGGCUAGUCCGACUUCACAUCGUGGAGCUCUACCUCCAGCGUCUGCCGGGAUUGCGUGAGAAGCUGGUUAACGAAGCGAAGAAGAGAAUCGUCAGCCGCUGCCCUCGAGAUGUUGAGGUUGUGCAGCAUCUGCGAAAGCUACAAGGCCGAGGCGACAACGCAGGAAUCAACGGCGUAACCCAGACUUCCUCGCGUGAUCCGCUGCAACUGCUACAGCUGGAAGAAUUCAAGGAGGUUAAUGCUGCUGUUGACAAUGCCAUUGAAGCUGUUACUCAAAAAUUCCAAGAAACUGCCAAAGAGCUCUGCAGCCUGGCAGCGGCCCAUCUGGUAUAUUACGAGCUGCAGGGAGACAUAUUCGGGAACAUGUACGCUGGAGAAGAUGCGUUUUCUGGGAUGACUCUUUCGCGGCUGCUACAGGCCUUUCCAAAUACAGUUGAGGCUUUCUUCUGCGCAGCUCCUUUGGAAUGGCAAGAUGAGCUUGCGUCUGCUGUAAUACGCAGUCUUGUGGAGGCGUGGUGUUUGCUGUUGGUUGAGUGGGGAUAUGGAGGCCACUGCUACGAACGAGAUGAGUUAGAAGUGCUCGAAGCAGAUCUCGACUGUCUUCGACAGUAUGUCUCCGAAAAUGAGAUUACUCUGGAGGACGGAGAGGAUAUGCUUGACAGAGUCAGUGACUUCCUUGUAAUGCUCGACGCUGACGGCAGCUGCCUUGCGGGUGCUGAGCAUUUGGCAAAACAGCAGGAUUCUCCGAAUUAUGGGCCAUCCGUAGACCCGACUGAAAAGAACCGCAGAAGCACUGUAUGCCACGGCCGUCCUUCUCAGACAACAGCGAUUCCAGUAUCGACUGAUGUUACUAAGGAGAAUGAAACUCCCCCCCGCAGCAGGUACAAAGGGCACGAAGAGACCGAAGCGGGCGAGCGGAGUAUGGGCAGCAGGAGGCAUCGUAGCAAGUCUAAAGGCUGGGGUGGCGUAGGACGGUGGGUGCGGGGUGUUUAUGGCGGCUCCUCUACCCAUACACACAAGCACCAUUCACGGACAUCUGGCAAAGCAGCUCACGACCGUGAUGAUGCUGACGCCGCCAGGCCACAUGAGAGCCCCCGCCGGUCUCUCCGGUUUGCCAUGUAG